ACAGAGAUAAACAAGCUGCAGACGGUAGUUGCGUCUGCGGGUAUUCAAGCGUUACAAAUACAAGACUCAAAACUCAGAUUGCAGUGAUUUACUUGGGGAGAUGGUGAACUCAGCGAUGAAAAGGCCGAGUCUGGAGCAGCGGAAGGUGCGUUCGCGUGGCGCGCGCUGUAGGAGGAGUCAGGAGACUGAGGUGUUUUACGAGCUGGCCCAUUCACUACCCCUUCCACGACGUAUCGCCUCCCACCUGGACAAAGCUGCCAUCAUGAGGGUUACACUCAGCUAUCUGCGCAUGAACCGCUUGAUCCAAUCAGCGGCCCCAACCAAAACACAGGCUGAGGAAACUGAGAAUCCCACUGAUGCCUUUUAUCAGCAGGCAUUGGCUGGCUUUAUUCUGGUGAUGAAUGAGGAAGGCGACAUGGUCUUCCUCUCGGAAAGUGUCAGCAAAUACAUCGGUAUGGCUCAGCUGGAGCUGCUUGGACAGAGCGUGUAUGAAUUUGUUCAUCCCUGUGACCAAGAAGAGUUACGAGACAUCCUCACCACACGACCUGGUGUUUCAAAGAAAAAGACAGAGAAGUCAACCGAACAUAAUUUUUUCCUUCGGAUGAAGACCACUCUCACUCACACAGGAAGAACAGUUAAUAUCAAGUCUGCGACAUGGAAGGUCCUUCAUUGCACAGGACAUAUGCAGACGUUCAGCGACGAUGAUGAGAACUCGCCCCCUGCUGGCAGCUUCCUGACUUUGCUGUGCGAACCCAUUCCCCACCCCUCCAGCGUUGAAUUCCCACUCGAUAGCAGCACUUUCCUCACACGCCAUAGCAUGGACUUGACUUUCACACAGUGUGACGGACGAGUCACUGAGCUUGUUGGAUACCAACCCGAUGAUCUGAUUGGCCGGUCUGCUUAUGAGUUUUAUCACGCCCUUGAUUUUGAUCAUGUGACCAGGAGUUUGCACAUCUUGUUCUCCAAGGGCCAGGUGUGCACCAGCCAUUACCGCUUCCUGGCUAAGAAUGGAGGUUUUGUCUGGACUGAGACUCAAGCCACUGUUCUCUACAACAACAGGACCUCUCAACCCGAGGCUGUGGUCUGCCUCAACUUUAUCCUCAGUGGUAUAGAAGAGGCGGAUGUUGUGUUCUCGUUAGAACAGACAUGUGAAAAACCAAAGCCCAGAGCUGAGACGCUGAGCGUGCUGAAGGAGGAGAAUGACUCUGAUAUGGAGGAUGAGUGUAGCACUGCAAAACUCUUCCUCCAGAUGAAGGAGAACCCAGAGGACUUACUACAGCUGGCACCUCACUCUGGAGACACUAUAAUUCCGCUAACAGAGGGUGUGGAAUUGUCCUUCUGCUGUCCAUCUAGUCCCGACAGUAUCCCAGAAUGCCCUCAGGACUUCUGUACGCCUGAACUCCGCCAACUCCUUUCUCCAAUAUUCGACAGCCCCAACAAAUCUCCAACCGCUGCGAGCCCCGCUGAAGAGCUGCCCAUGGAAAUGGAAGGGGUGGAAAAGUUCUUCGCCCUCAAACCGGAGGAGAGCGUGACUCUGAAAGGACAGUCAGAGCCUAUGGAUGAGCUUGAUUUGGACAUGUUGGCUCCAUAUAUCUCCAUGGAUGAUGACUUCCAGUUGACCUUCCUGCCCCAGGGUGAAAUGGCUGCACCUUCUGAUAUGCUGACCAACACUUCAAGGAAACGAUCUUUGGAAGAUGAGGAGGAUGAUGACAUUCCUGUUCUGGCUGCCAAAUGGGACAAAAAACCAAUGAGUGGCUCCAUAGAAGAACAGCUUCUGCUCAGCCACACAUUACUGAAUAGCUUGUCGAACGAUGGUUCGGAAGAAUUUGAACCACCACCUCAAAAGCGAAGUCAGCUAUUGACCGACAGGGACCCGUUGCUGGGCGGAGCGCAGGCGUUGUGUGAUACAGCAGCUCUCAUAAGGGACACCUUCCUGUCACGCCCGCCUGAUUUAAUGAGGCCUGUUGCUGAAACAAUGCCGUCCCUUACUUGAAGAGAAAACAAUGUGGACAAGUCAUCAGCAAUUACAGUGACCGUUAACAAAGAGGGUUACGAAUAACUCUCUUCACGCUCCGCAUGUAUCAACGCAACAUGUAUUUCAGCGAGUGACCUUUACGCACAAAUCACAGGAGGACAAUUGGCCUAGACAUUCGAUCCAUUCGUCCACGUCAACUAUUUUUAUUUUUUUUAUUUCUUUUAAAUUUGUUUUUGCCCAAAUACUAUAACAAAGAGUAGUUAAAUAGACUUUAGUUAGUAGAAUUAGUAUAUUGUAGUGAUUGGAAAUGAAUUCUCAAUAAAUUUGUCUUCACAAAAAAAAUAAUGGUGCUCCGAUCUCCCCUCGUUUUCUGCUGUUGAGUCCGAAUUCGUCCAAAGCACAAAAAUGCGGCCAAAAGGGGGUUCGAAAUCGAAGAUAAACUGGUCAGGAUAUGUUAGAAAUAGUGUUAACGUGUUGUUCUACCACUUGUAGCCUUAAUCUAAACCUAUAAUCUCAUAACUUCAAGCAUAACCUCACUUUUCUGUAAGAAGUUGACGAGAGGAUUUCUUACAGCACUUCUGUCUAGAAUCAUGGGUUAGAGCGGUGAAGGGCUGAUUUUGAGUGGAUGUGAUCAUGCUUUUGAGUUCAUAGAUUAUUCACUGAGGCCAUAGCUGACAAACGCAACAAAUACUCUAUUGGUGAUCGUCUUUUUAUAAAGCAUUUUAUAUACUUUUGCAAUUACAACUUGUAAGUGAAUCUAUACUUCUGUGUCUUUGGUGUUGAACUACAAAUAUUACUGUUUUCUGUUCUUGUGUCACUUCCUAUAUAAUCUGUAAUGGUUUUCAAAGAGGCUAUGGUGUUGACGCUGCAGUCGUAUUGAACGAAAACCUUGUCUGAUGUCUUUUUUGAAUCCUAAGAUGAGAUGCUAACACGACAGAUGUGCUAAUCAAUUGGUUGAAGCGUUUGCAGCAAGCGAUCCCCUUUGGUUUUGUCGUUCGUUAAUGUUUCUAAAUCAUCAUUUAUGCAGCAAAGCAGUUUUUUUUUAAAUUGUGGCAUACAGGAUUAGUUGUGGUGCUUAUUGGUUGUUUCAUUUGACUGUGAAUCAGAUGUAUUCCCUUGAUUUCUGUAGCUAGUACAGACAUGACUCAAGGGGCCUUAUUCAAAUGGUGUCCAACAAGACACAUGCCUUUCUCAUAUGGAUAACAGUUCUUCAGAUAUCUUAGACUUUGUGUAUAUUACUUUGUGUAUUUUUGCAUCAUUUAUUUCCAAUGUACUUAUACCUUGUAUUGACUGAUAAAGAAAUAAAACAUUUUAAAUGCA